AUGAAAUUUAGUCAGAUUUUGACUGGGCUCGCCGGAGCGUCCAGCCUCUGCUCGGCCCUGGCUGCAUCUACUUCCGCGCCAUAUGGACUGAACCAGGGGCAAAAGAUUCGGCAUAACAGUGCCACAGCGGCCGCUGCUGUAUGCAGUGCAGAUGAUGCGACGUACAGCUCAGAGAGCAUGCCAGCAGGAGAAUACACGGACUGGGGCGCACUCGGGCUCGACGAUGUGACUUCCGGACGACAGUACAUAACAAUUGUUAAUUUAACCCCUCAUCGGUUCAAGCUGGACAGCACGCACUCAUACCAGAUGGAUAUGUUUGACUGGGGCGAUAUUCCACCUGGCCGCGCCAGACAAAAUAUUGCCCACUACUCGACUAGGUUGACAGCAAACCCCGUUGACACCGGCGGCGAAGCUUAUUACUCGAUUGUAGGCACAAGCAAGAAAUUCGAGAUUCGAGCAACAACUCACGUUCCGCAUAUGUACUGGCGCCGUACAGUCAUAGAUCUGAGUGAUAUGGGGCUAGGCCAACGCGAGUACCUGGAUCCUAGAGCGGAGGUGCCGGUUACUUUGGUCAUCACGGGCAGUGACAGCUAUGGAUUCAUGGCGUCACUCACUCAUGGCAGCGGUAACUGGAUGAAGCAAAUGUACCGUGUGAUCAAGGACAGGCCGCUGCAACAUCUUGUCAUGCCCGGCACGCACGACUCUGGCAUGAGCACCAUCAGCGGUAAGAUCGUCUCCAUAGGCAGCGAGGCCAACACACAAACCCAGGGCCUCAACAUUUACGACCAGCUUCGCGUGGGUGCACGAUGGUUCGACUUACGCAUCAUGAGUGUUCACCAAUCUGAUCCGAGCAGUUACGAGUUCUGGGUGGCCCACGUCAACGACGAGACGGCUGAUGUUCCUGUUGGGAAUACCGGCGAAAGCCUAGCUGACAUCAUUAACGAAGUCAACCGUUUCACUUCAGAAAACCCCGGAGAGAUCAUAUUUCUGAAAUUGAGAUAUCUCAUCGGUAUCAAACGGCUACCAGGCGGUGCGAUCCGGUGGAAUACAGCGAUUGCCAACAAGUUUUUCAGCGAACUCAAGAAGAUUAACAACCGCUGUCCCAACCUCGAUACGACGACCAAGUUUCAGCGCCAGAAAGCAUCCUACUUCAUGGAUCAGAACGACGGCAAGGGAUGCGUUCUCUUCCUCCUCGACGGCUCCAAUAUUCCCUCCGGCGUCCCAAGCUCUUCACCUUCUGACGGCAUCUAUCCAGCGUCGGCCAUGACCGUCAAUGACCAUUGGUCAAACCUCGCCACGACACAGCCAGUAGCCGAGGAUCAGAUCGCCGUAUGGUCAGCAAUCAACCGUGUCUCGCCGUUCACGAACGACCAGUUUCUUAUCAGCCAGUGGCUUGUAUCCGCGGACGCGCUCCAAACAACCGCUCUAACUAUCCAGAAUAUCGCCAUCAUGCCUACGAAUCCAGCAUUGUACUGGGCGGGAGUGAAUGCUAUGAGCCCCACAAAAUGGCCGAAUGUCCUUCUAGUUGACUAUAUUGGCGUGGUGAUCACAGACCAGUUUGCUUGGAAUCAGCUCAGUGCUGAGCUUUAUACCCUCGCUAUCGGACUGAAUCUGUAUAUGCUCAGUGAGAACUGCGAUGUGAGCGGGCAGCGGUCUCCGCUCCUUCCGCCUGUAGCGGAAGCGUCAAAGACAUUGGCUGUAAAGAGUGCACUUCAGAAGAUAGCCCCGUCUUGGAACGGGAUUAUCUUUGCGAACGGGACCAUUAUUGAUAAACCACCAAGAAAUCUGCACUAUGGACGCAUGGAGCUGCUGAAGAACGGGACUGUUUUUGGAAACGGGACUGUGCUGGAGAAAGAUGUUCCUAAUCCUUAUUUGUAUUCUGUAUUAGCUUAG